AUGGAACGAGUCGUGAUCGUUGGAGCCGGUCUUUACGGUCUCAUCGCAGCCAAGACGUAUCUACAACUUGUCGCGGCAUAUGACGACGAAAGCACAGCCGAACAUACCGAUGAAAUCACGGAAAUCCCUGCCUGUUUCACUAAGAGCAUCGAUACUUCCCCAACAGCCUCCUCCGAAUGUCGCCUUCUUGUGAUUGACUCUGCCUCGGAUAUUGGAGGUACUUGGGCCGAGGAGCGUCUUUACCCAAAUUUGUUGAGUCAGAACUCGUAUGGACUUUAUGAAUUCAGUGAUAUGCCUCUUUCCAACGUUGUUCCGGAGGAACAAGGGGAUGACACACAGAAUCAGUUCAUUGCGGGCUGGAAGAUCAACCGUUAUCUCCGUGAAUGGGCUGAGAAAUGGCAGCUGAAAAAACACAUACGAUUGAACUGGACGGUCGACGACAUCAGCCGUCUAGACACUAAAGAGUGGAAGCUCGACAUCAGUGUGUCCACGUCGCCGAGUCAACGCGUCACCAUCAUCUGCGAUAAGUUGGUGUUGGCUACAGGACUGACCUCGGUGCCAAAUAUGCCCGAUACGAAGGAGUCAUCAACGGCGUCCGACGACCCUCCCCCGGUCAUCCAUGCAAAGGAUAUUGGAGACUGGGCUCGAAAACACCUGGGAUACCAGCCACUGAAAGCACCUGAGUCCGGGGCUGUUAAAAUGUCAGUCACAGAUUCCCCUUACCCACAAUUGCGCUCGGUCGGUAUUUAUGGUGGUGCAAAAUCAUCCUUUGACCUGGUGCAUUUCUUUGCAACUCUACAUCGCAACGACCCAAAGUUGCACCUCAAGUCCACACAGAAAAUUCCUGUUCAGGUACACUGGAUCAUCCGUGAUCGAGGUGUAGGGCCCGCGUGGAUGGUACCGCCAAGGUCUACUCUCCCGAAUGGCGACACCGUUGCAAGUGAUAAGGCUGCCAGCAGCCGACUGCUCAGCCAUCUCACCCCAUGCUGCUAUGAGACUCCAAAACGUCUGUCUCUCGGACCCGGGGGUCUCCGUUGGGAGGGCUCAUGGCUAGCCCGGCUAUUCCAUGGCAACCCAAUAGGCCGAUGGUGGAUUCGUUGGCUCUGGCGAUCAAUUGAUAAAGGCUUAGAGGAUACAGCGCAAUAUGGCUCAGGUCCGAAGAUGGAAAAGCUUCGCCCAGAGAACAGUGUUGUCUCAUGCGCAUCCGGUAUUGGCAUCGCAAACCAGGAAGACCUCUGGGAAACAAUUAGAUUACCCCAUGUCAACGUUUACCGAUCAGCCAUCAUGGAUAUUGUCGCUACCAGGCCGGAGAAGACCACGCAUCCAUUCACAAAAGCUUCGGUGCACUUGGCAGACAGCAAUUGUAUUGAUGAAGUCGAUUUGGUCAUCCACGCCACCGGAUAUAAGCCAAUAGUGCCGAUUAGGUUUAAACCUGCAAGUCUUCGUCUAAAAUUGGGGUUGUCAGCCGUCGUGGACUCAGAGGGCGAGGAUCUUCGAGAGGAUCGUGAAAUUCGCGUGGAAACACCAGAGAGAAUCAAUGGGCCGCUUGAGGCAACCAUGAAUGACCGUAUCCAACGCUGGGACAAUCUAGAUCAAUGUUCCGAGGUUAUGGUCAGGAAAACUUUGAAUGCGACAAGAUGCGCUCUCACAGAUCGGAGUCCUCCCUCGUGGGCCGAAUCUCACAGGCUGGUGCCAUAUCGCUUGUUCCGCCGCAUGGUUGCCCCCGAAUUAGUCGCACGAGGUGACCGCUCCUUCGCAACGCUCGGUGUGAUUUUAUCAUCAACCAUUGCUGUUGUUGCAGAGGUUCAAGCUCUUUGGGUGGCGGCGUUUUUAACAGGAGGGCUUGACUCCCCCGCGGACAUCAAGUCAAUCCAAGACCAGGCUUUUUCGCUUGGGAAUAUUCCGCUGGAGGUUAUGGAGAACGCUAUCUCCGAGGAUGUGGUCCUGGGUUCAUUGACGGGAACUGGCCUUGAAGUUGAAGCUAUCCAGUACAAUGACUUGCUACUGCGCGAUUUGGGACUGAAUCCCCACCGGCUCGGAGGUGGGUUCUACACUGAGCUGACCGGGGUGUAUAGGCCUUCGGUGUAUGCUGGAAUCGUGGACGAAUGGAAGAAGAGUCGAGGUUUGGCAGGGAAGAAACCGUAG